CCAUCAGUGUCACCUGUCAGUGUCCAUCAAUGCCACCUAUCAGUGCCAUCAGUGCCACAUCAAUGUCACAUAUCAGUGCCUACCAGUGCACAUCAAUGACACAUAUCAGUGCCCAUCUGAGCUGCCUUUCAGUGCCACCUACCAGUGCCAGUCAGUGCCACCUAUCAGUGCCAUGCGCAUCAGUGCUGCCUAUCAGUGCACGUCAGUGCUGCCUAUCAGUGCCCGUCAGUGCCACCUAUCAGUGUUGCCUAACAAACAAUGCCAGUCAGUGCCACCUAACAGUGCCAGUCAGUGCUGCCUUUCAGUGCCCAUCAGUGAUGCCU